AUGAUUUUACGAGGUCUCAAGCUGGAGCCGUCUUUAGCAGGAUAUGGACGGCGGCUUUUUCACGUUUCUCCGCAACGGAAGGCCACCGAGGAAUACAAGACUGUCCUCUUAAAGACACCAUUGAACAGGGUGCGCAACAUUGGAAUCAUAGCCCACAUCGAUGCUGGAAAGACAACUACAACGGAAAGAAUGCUAUACUAUAGUGGUGUCACAGGACGUAUCGGAAAUGUCGACGAGGGAGAUACAGUGACAGACUACAUGACUCAGGAAAAAGAUCGUGGCAUCACAAUUCAAUCAGCAGCCGUGACCAUUCCUUGGAAUAAGCACAAAAUCAAUCUCAUAGAUACCCCAGGUCAUGCUGAUUUCACCUUCGAGGUAAUAAGAUCUUUGAGGGUUCUUGAUGGAGCAGUGACCAUCCUGGAUGCUGUGGCAGGUGUUGAAGCUCAGACUGAGAAAGUCUGGAGACAAGCUAAAGACUUAGCUAUUCCAAUAGUGGCUUACGUGAACAAGAUGGAUAGAGAAGGUGCGGGUUUUGGGCGCACAGUGAAGGAGAUUGUCAGUAGAUUAGGGACAAGAGUGGUGAUUGUGAACGCGCCCUACUUCGUCAAAGACCAAUCGACGGGCCAGAGUAUUUUCGAGGGAGUUAUAGACGUGUUUGACAAAAAGCUGCUUCUAUGGAACGGUCCAGGCGGGGCCUCUGAUGGAAGCCAAGUUGAAGUGAUAGACAUUGCUGAGGAUUCCAAGUAUCCAGAGGCUUACGAAGAGGUGCUUAGAUGCAGGGAAGCUGCGGUGGAACAAUUGGGAGAGUUUGACGAAGAUGUGAUGAACUCAUUCUUUGAGACCGAAGAUUACAUGAAGGUCCCAAGUUCGACGCUGAAAAAAGCUUUGAGAAAAGCAUGUAUUGCAGGAUAUGCGACUCCUGUGCUUUGCGGCGCAAGCUUUAGAAACAUCGGCGUGCAGCCUUUACUUGAUGCAGUCAACGACUAUCUUCCGUCUCCUCUCGAAAUCAAGCCUCCAGAGGUGACUUCCUUUGUUAUCCAAAGUGCUAGGUCAAGGAAUAAAAAACAGACAGCAGAACAGGAUAAUUCGCUUCCUGUUAAGGUGGAUCCAUCUGAAGGACUAGUCAUCAACAAUAACCGCAAUCUGAUGACGGCUCUUGCUUUCAAAGUGAUUUCUCACCCUGUUAGAGGAAUUAUGGUGUUUGUAAGAGUUUACAGCGGAAAGUUACAACCGCACUCCACCGUUUUGAACAGUCGUACCGGAGAGAAAGUGCGUGUUGGCAAAGUGUGGCUUAUGAAUGCGGACAUGCCUCAGGAAGUGAGACAUCUUUCAAGUGGUAGCAUUGGGGUGAUAACGGGGACCGACAUGAUAGUCACGGGAGACACCUUGAUCUGCCACUCUGUAUCCAAGAACCCAAAUCAGUUGCCUCCGAAGGAGAAAUCUGCACGUCUUCUGCCGAUCAAGAUUCCUCCUCCUGUGUUCUCAGUUUCAAUAGAGCCGGCUGCUGUUUCAGAAAACAGAAAGCUCGAAGCGUGUUUGAAAACUUUGCUGCUGGAAGAUCCGAGCUUGCAUCUGAGCUACGAUGAAGAAACAGGUCAAAAUAUUCUUUCUGGAAUGGGUGAGCUGCAUCUGGAAAUCACCAAAGAUAGACUGAUAAACGACAUGAAGGUGAAUGCCGAGGUGGGAGAAGUCAGAGUUACGUAUAAGGAAACCAUAACUGCCCCAACAGGGUAUUUCACGGGGUGUUUGCCGGAUGGCUACGAAAUUGAGCUCUCUUUGGAAUCAUUUGAAGGCCCAUUUGAAGAAUUGGAUAUAACAGAGGAAGGGGUUUUCUAUCUAGAGCAAGAUGACAGUGUCGUGAUUAUCGAACCAGAUGGAAUCCCAAGCGUCGUCCAGAAAGCUUUAAAUGCAGAGAUAUGGUCUUUACCGGUCUCUUAUGAAACGCUUAUUAACGGUAUUUUGUCCGGUGUCACUGGUGCGUUGCAGACAGGUGGUAGGCAUGCAAGGCUUCCAUUGCAUUCGAUGAUUGUCCGGGUCCGUAGAUGGAUGAUUCAUCAAGAUGCGAACAACGUAUCUCCACUUAUCAGUGUUACGAGAAAGACAAUCCUGGAUGCGCUAGCUUCUCUCGAUGACAAAGCUACGACCUUAUUGGAGCCGAUAAUGAAAGUCUCCGUUUACGUUAGUGACGAAGAUUUGGGACCCGUUUCCCAAGAUUUGAUGAGCGCGAGAAACGCAAAGAUUACAGGAAUUGACGACGAAGCAAGCUCGUCGACCGCCGAUGCAAUUCAUUGGGCCAAAGAACAAGCCGAAAAAACAUAUGUUCCUCACGACCCUACUCUGCGCUACAUCAAGAAAACGAAUGUCUCGGGUAAUAAAAUCAUCAAGGCUGAGGCACCUCUGAGAGAGAUGAUAGGUUAUCUAACCAAGUUGAGAUCGCUUACCAGAGGCCGCGCUACUUAUGACAUGGAGUUUGUCGGUAUGCAGAGAACACCACCCGACCGACUACGCAAAAUUUUGGAACAUUAA